AUGUUAAAGAUUGUCACCGAGAUGGGAUCUAUGUCGGGAAUGGGAAUAACAUCGCCAUUCGGGCAAAGUGCUGCUUCAUCUAUUCGAGAUAGUCGUGAAAGAGAAAAGAAAGAGAUGAGCGAUUUGAAUGAUCGGCUCGCCACUUACAUUGAAAAGGUGCGUUUUCUUGAAGCACAAAAUCGAAAACUAGCUGCGGAUCUCGAUCUUCUACGUGGUAAAUGGGGCAAAGACACCUUCAAUAUCAAGUUGAUGUAUGAAGGCGAACUAGCGGAAGCGAGUAGAUUAAUAAAUGACACGAAUGCACAAAGAAAAGAACUGGAAAAUCAGCUCAAACAAAUGCAAAAUGAUUUAAUCGAUUUCCGGAAAAAAUACGAUGAAUCUCUUCGAGCGAGAGACAAUGAUCGACAAAGAACGGAUGAAAUGUUGAAAAUUUUGGCUCAAAUUGAAGCUGAGAUCAAUUUGCUGCGACGUAGAAUCACAAAUGCUGAAGAAGAAAUCAUGAGAAUUAAGAAGGAAAACCAACAGCUUCUUGGUGACCUUCAAAGAGCAAGAACGGAUUUGGACCAAGAAACAUUAAAUCGUAUUGACUAUCAAAAUCAAGUGCAAACACUUAUGGAAGAAAUCGAUUUCCUAAAAAGAGUCCAUGAUCAAGAGAUUAAAGAAUUGCAAAGUCUCGCAGCACGAGACACAACACCAGAAAACCAGAUUUUCUAUUUGCCAAAAAAUCUAAUAUUAUAUGCAAGAAAUUAUAUUAUAACAAUGCAGGCAUCAAAUGUCAAUCGUAGUGAUAUGGAAUCGUGGUACCGUCUUAAGGUGCAGGAAAUUCAAACACAAUCUGCUCGUCAAACUAUGGAGCAAGGUUAUGCAAAGGAAGAAGUGAAACGCUUACGCAACCAACUUGCUGAUCUUCGUGGAAAAUUAGCCGAUCUUGAAAGUCGCAAUUCACUUCUGGAAAAACAAAUCCAAGAAUUGAACUUCCAAUUAGAAGAUGAUCAGAGAUCAUAUGAAGCAGCAUUAAACGAUCGCGAUGCUCAAAUUAGAAAAAUGCGUGAAGAAUGUCAAGCUCUUAUGACCUUAGAUGCUGAGAUAGCAAUUUAUCGUAAAAUGCUAGAAGGAGAAGAAAACCGAGCUGGAUUGCGGCAACUCGUCGAGCAAGUUGUUCGCACACAUGAACUUUCACAACAAGAAGAUACUGAAACUAUGCGAGUGAUCAAAGGUGAAACAGCAUCACGUACUUCUUUUCAACGCUCAGCCAAAGGAAAUGUUUCCAUUCAGGAAGCGUCCGCUGAUGGAAAAUAUAUUACUAUUCAAAAUACACAUCGAGCUAAAGAGGAGCCCAUCGGUGAGUGGAAAUUGAGACGGAGAAUUGAUUCGAAAAAAGAAGUGGUAUUUGUUUUCCCGAAGGAUUUUAUCCUGAAAGCUGGAAAGACAGUUAAAAUAUUUGCUCGGAAUCAAGGAAUUUCGGCACCACCAGAAUUUCUCGUUUAUGACGGCGACAUAACAUUUGGGAUCGGCUCAAAUGUUCAAACUAUUCUUUACAAUAAAGAAGGCGAAGAACGCGCCACAUACAUUCAACGUUCGAGUCAACAAGCCAGCUAA